AUGUCUGCCGACGCCUACCUUGACAGCCUCGUCGGCGACCCAGGACCUAGUACCACCGCUCAUCGAGAGUGGGAGUCCCUUCUCGCGGGUUGGGACGGCCAGCUGACGCCUUGGCCGACUCUGCAAAGCGUGCUUAACUCUGACAAAGUCGUCAAUGAUGUCGCCGAGAAGAUUUCCACUGUUCGCAUUGUUGAGCCGGAGCCGGAACAUGAGGAACCCGACCUCAACACCUCCGCUCUUCUUGCUCGUUUGCACAGGCACCUCCAACCCGGAGCUUACAUUUCUCUGAUGGAGCUUCUCGCUUCUCCUCGGGGUGAAAUGGACAUCCAGAGCGAGCUUGUUGAGACGCUUGGCUUUGAGGGUGAGGGUCUGUCGCUCGUCGAAGAGCUUCUGCGCCCCGGUGUCCGUCAGGCGCUAGUUUCCAGCUCGAAGGGGAAGAAGAAGGGCGCAACCCCAUCUGCCUCUGGACAUGCAACUCCACGUAAGCGCAAGGGCAAGAUCGACAUCACGGACGUGAUCGGCACGGCGGAAGACAUCGAGCGCCGCAUCCAGGAGCAGCUUAAUCGGCCGAAAGCUAUGUUCGUUGAGGAAAGCCAACAGCGUUCACUACAACAGGCAGAGAAGCUGCCGAAUGUCUUCACCAGUAGCUCUACGAUGCCUGCGCUUAGCUACGGUGGCAAGAUUGCCCUUCCGCAAGGCACAGAACGAGAGCAAACCGACGCGUUUGAGGAGGUCACCGUGCCUCCGCCAACGAUGGUGCCACCCAAGAUGGGCGAGAAGCCCGUCAUGAUCAACAGCCUUUCACCCCUCGCCCAACGCUGCUUCCCCAAGUAUGUCAGCCUCAACCGCAUGCAGUCGGUCGUCCACCCGACCGCGAUGGGCACGAACGAGAACAUGCUCGUGUGUGCGCCUACUGGUGCGGGUAAGACGGAUGUCGCUCUCAUGUCGAUUCUGCGCGUGCUCGAGAGCCAUCUGCUUCCUGGACCUGGAUUCAAGAUCGACAAGGACAAGUUCAAGAUCAUCUAUGUUGCCCCCAUGAAGGCGCUCGCGGCCGAAAUCACGCGCAAGUUCGGCAAGCGUCUGCAGUGGCUGGGUAUCCAUGUCCGCGAGCUUACGGGAGACAUGCAGCUCACUCGCGCGGAGAUCAACGAAACUCAGAUCAUCGUUACGACGCCCGAGAAAUGGGAUGUCGUCACGCGCAAGCCGACCGGUGAGGGCGAGCUCGCCUCCAAGGUCCGUCUUCUCAUCAUCGAUGAGGUGCACCUGCUCAAUGAAGAGCGUGGUGCGGUCAUCGAGACCAUUGUUGCGCGUACGCUUCGCCAGGUCGAGUCAAGCCAGUCCCUAAUUCGUAUCGUCGGCCUGUCGGCCACACUGCCCAACUACAUUGAUGUUAGCGACUUCCUCAGGGUGAACCGAUACCAGGGAUUAUUCUUCUUCGAUGCGUCGUUCCGUCCCGUGCCGCUCGAGCAGCACUUUAUCGGAGUGAAAGGAAAGGCGCGCAGCCAGACGCAGAUCCGCAACAUGGACAACGUCGUGUUUGACAAGGUUCUGGAGAUGGUACGGGAGGGCCACCAGGUAAUGGUCUUCGUGCACGCGCGCAAAGAGACGGUCAAGACCGCGCAGAAGCUGAAGGAGAUGGCGACCGAGGAGGGUGCGCUCGACGUCUUCGACACGAGAGACCAUCCGAAGUUCCAGCUCUACCGCCGAGACGUCGGCACGUCGCGUAACAAGGAGAUGAAGGAGCUGUUCGACUAUGGCUUCGGUAUCCACCACGCCGGUAUGCUUCGCUCAGACCGCAACAUGAUGGAGCGCAUGUUCGAGGACAACGCGAUCAAGGUACUCUGCUGUACCUCGACGCUCGCCUGGGGUGUGAAUUUGCCCGCACAUGCUGUCAUUAUCAAGGGCACGCAGGUGUACGACUCAAAUAAGGGUUCGUUCCAGGACCUCUCCGUUCUCGAUGUGCUGCAGAUCUUCGGUCGUGCCGGUCGUCCAGGAUACGAGACCUCCGGUGUCGGUUACAUCUGUACCACUCAGGACAAGCUCGACCACUACCUCUAUUCGAUCAUGUCUCAGCAGCCAAUCGAGUCCAAGUUCAUCCCCGGUAUGGUGGAUGCCCUCAAUGCUGAGAUCUCUCUUGGCACUAUCGCCAACGUGCGCGAGGCUAUCUCGUGGAUUGGUUACACUUAUCUCUUCGUGAGAAUGAGACGAGAGCCGUUCAUCUAUGGCAUGUCCCAUGAUGAGCCCAAGGAUGACCCCCAGCUCGGAAACAAGCGCAGUGAUCUCGUCACGCAGGCCGCCCGUACACUUGCGGCUGCUAAGAUGGCGACGUUUGACGAGUCGAAUAACUCGUUUGCCAUUACGGACCUCGGCCGCAUCGCUGCGCGUUACUAUCUGCGCCAUCAGACUGUCGAGGUCUUCAACGAGAAGUUCAAUCCUCGUAUGAAGAACGCCGACAUCUUCGCAAUGCUGUCGCAAGCGACUGAGUUCGCGCAGAUCCAGAUCCGCGACAAUGAGGUUGACGAGCUCACCAACAUCAUGAACUCGGACAACUGCCCGAUGGAGGUGAACGGAGGCGCGACGAGCGCGCAGGGCAAGGUGAACAUUCUCCUGCAGGCGUACAUCUCGAAGGUCUUCAUUGAGGACUUUGCUCUCGUAUCGGACUCGGCGUACGUUGCACAGAACGCCGGCCGUAUCAUCCGAGCCCUACUCGAGAUCGCGCUCAGCCGCAACUGGGCGAACUGCGCGCUACUCCUGAUCGACCUCAGCAAGGCGAUCGAGAAGCGCAUGUGGCCAUACGACCACCCGCUCGGUCAGCUGAACACACUGCAGCGCGAUACACUCUACAACCUCCGGCGCUGGGCGGACGACACAGAGAUCCAGGAGCUGCGCGAGAUGGAGCCGAAGGAGCUGGGUGAGCUUGUGCACCUGAACCCGAUCCACGGUGCGGCGCUCCGCAAUGCGGCACUCAUGUUUCCAACCAUCGGUGUUUCGUACGCGCUUCGCCCGCUCGCGCACGACCUGCUCCAAAUUAGCGUGACCGUCGAGCCGCAGUUCACGUGGAACACCAAGGUGUCAGGAUCGAGCGAGCCAUUCUAUGUCUGGGUGCAGGACGAGGAGGGGCUGCACAUCUUGCAGUGGCGCAGCAUUCUGCUCCGGCAGACGUCGACCGCGAUGGACAUUGACUUCGUCAUCCCCUGGAGCGGCGAGCACCAGAGCCUGUCGAUUGUGACGGCAUCGGACCGCUGGCUCGGGAGCGACAGCCAGACCUCCGUCUCGCUCGCCGACCUCGUCAUGCCCGCUGCCUUUGACGAACGCACGCCGCCUCUCGACCUACCAUUCCUCAGCAUUUCGGCCGUCGACGAUCCAGACAUCGAGAAGCAGUACCGCCCUUACAUUACGAUGUUCAACACGUUGCAAUCGCAGUCGUUCUGGUCCGUAUACCACACUCAGAACAAUAUCCUCAUCUCUGCCCCAGUCGCUAGCGGCAAAUCGCUCAUGGGUGAGAUGGCCAUGUGGCAUGCUCUCCGCCACCAGUCUGACGCCUUCAUUCUCGCCAUUGUGCCGGGCAACCGGUCGUCAGCCGAGGCCGCUGCCCGACUGCGCCAUGUCCUCGGCAAGCGGGCCAAGGUCAUCCUCGCCCGCAAUUCGAAGGAGUUCGAGGCAGGAGCGGAGGAGACCGGCGCCCGUGUACUCGUCGCCACGCCCGGCGCCUUUGACGACAUCGUCGGUGAGAAGCUCACCAGCCUCGCGACGCGCCUCUCGCUCAUCGUGCUCGAGGACCUGCACCUGCUCGACGCCUCCUAUGAGCUGUCGAUCAUCAAGCUACUCACCAUCGCAAAGCCUGCGCGCACGCGCAUUGUCGGUCUGACGUGCUCCCUGUCCAACCCUUCGGACCUGGCUUCUUGGCUCGGUGUCGAGUACAACUACCGCUACUGCUUCACGCCGCAGGACCGCUCCUCCCCGCUCGUGGUCAGCACGCGCGUGUUCAACCUCCCUCACGGCCUCGGCUUGCUCAAAUCGAUGAUCAAGCCGACCUACGACCUCAUCAAGAGCACGGGCAGUGCUAUCGUUUUCACCCCAAGUGCUUCAAGCGCUCGUGCCGUCGCGGCUGACCUUGUGACGCAAAGCGGUACCGAGUUCGACCUGAACGGGUUCCUGUCUGCGCCUCGCGCGGACGUCGAACCGCUGCUCGCCAACCUGGCCGACUCGGAGCUGCUGGAGCCCCUCCUCCAUGGUGUGGGCUACGUCGUGCCGACAAUGCGGGCGCGUGACCUGGCGCUCGUGCUCGAGCUGUAUGCUGCGGGCAUUGUGCGCGCGCUCAUUGCUCCCCGCACGCAGGCGUGGAAGCUGCCCGUGCGUGCCGAGACCGUCGUGCUCGCCGGCGCGCAGUACCUCCACUUCAGGGGUGAGGAGCGCAUGCUGCGCAACUACUCGAAGCACGAGCUGGUCAAGAUGCAGGGCUUUGCCGCGCAGUCGGCGUCGCCCACCUCGCCCGCCGGACGGAUGGUCGUCAUGUGCCAGGCCGAGCAGGUCGUGAGCAUCCGUCGCCUGCUGAACGACGGUCUCAGCCUCGAGUCGGCCCUUCCCUCUGUGCUCGACCCGGCGCUCGCGCCGCUCAUCCCCUCGCCCGUGUCUGCUAACACUGGACGUGGGCGCGAUGGCCACGCCAGCAUCGAGGAGCACGAGCGCCACGUCCUCGGCCGCAUGCUCGUGUCCCGCCCCAAGCCGAGGCCGAUCCAGCCCCACCGGCCCCGCGAUGUCGAUCUCCGCGCCCGCGACCUCAUGGACCUCCUUAGCUGGAGCUACCUCGUGCGCCGGAUCCGAACGAACCCCUCGUUCUACGACGCGAGGGAGGGCGAGGAGCGCGAACUCGUCAGCCGCUGGAUCGACGCCUUCUUCGUCAACAGGGAGGAGCGUGAGCGUGGGCAUGCCCAGAAGCCUGCCAAGGACCGUCCCAAACUCGAGGUCGUCGAGGGGUACGGGCAGCCGCAGGAGAAGAAGGACAAGGACGACGAGCACGAGGAGAAGGUCCUUGUGCCUCGGGUGCUUGCCGAGGAGGAGUACGUCAUCGAGGACGGCGACGAGGACGAGGGCGACAGCGAUUAG